AUGACUGCUCAUAUUCAGCCCAUGGAUGCCACUUGGGAAGAUAUUAGUGACAUCACUAUAAAGAAUUGCCAGAGAACAACUAGAAUUAUGUUCAAAAUAGAUGAACCAGAAAUAAGUGAACAAGAAGAAAGUGAGUCAGAAAAUAAGAUUGUUGAUACUGCGAUGCUAAUUAAUAAUCUUUCAGUUGAGACUAAUCCAGAGGCUCAACAAUUAAUACAUAAUAUUGAAGAACAUAUAAAUAUGAUCGAUCAACUAGCUACAACGGAGGAUGUAUUAACAGACAAUGUUAUCAUCAAAAUGGGAUCACCACUACCUCCAAUAACUGUUAUAGAGACUGUUGAUGCAUUAGAAAAAGUCAUAAGUUAUCAAGGAAAUCUUGAAGUUGGAAAAGGAUUUGAUGAGAAUGAAUUAAAAAUGUUAUGA